AUGGGAAACGUGGACGCUGAGAAGUCAAUCGUCACUACAGCAAAGGAUGACAGCCAUACUCCUGCCUAUCAAGCUGAUGCAGCAUUGGAGUAUCUCCAAACCGGAGAAGUAACAACGUUCUCCGAGGUAGAAGAGAAACAGCUUGUUCGGAAGAUCGACCGCAUGAUUGUGCCUCUCAUGUGGGCAAUCUAUUUUCUCCAGUAUCAAGAUAAGAUCCUAAUCAACUAUGCGUCGGUGAUGGGUCUGCUGGAUGACACGGGGAUGCGGACGGAUCAGUUCUCCCACUUGGCUUUGGUUUUCUACGCGUCAUACCUUUUCUUUGAACUCCCGACCGGGUAUCUGAUGCAGCGUCUGCCAACGGCGAAGUACUUGGGGCUAAACGUCACUCUCUGGGGUCUGUUGACCACUCUAAACUGCGUUGCAAAGAAUUUCGCCGGGCUUGUUGUCCUCCGCGUUCUUCUAGGAUGCUUUGAGAGCGCUGUAGCACCUGCCCUCAUCUUGAUCACAUCCAUGUGGUAUCGAAGAAAUGAACAACCGCAGCGUAUGGGCCUGUGGUACUUGGGAACAGGCACAGCAACUAUUGUCGGAGCCUUGGUUGCGUACGGUCUGCUCUUCUACACGGCGGAUGAGUUCUACUCAUGGCAGAUCAUGUUCUUAAUCUUCGGACUUUUGACCAUCGCUGUUGGGGUCACAGUCAUUGUCAUCUUCCCCGACAAUCCUAUGACCUCCCGACUCAGCCACGAGGAGAAGAUCAUGGCCAUUGAGCGUCUCCGCGAGAACCGCACCGGCAUCGAGAACAAGCAAUUCAAAUGGAACCAGUUCCUCGAGGUGUUCACCGACCCGCAAGCCUACCUGAUCGCCAUCAUUGUUGCAGCGAGCAACAUCAGCAAUGCCGCUAUCAGCAGCUUCUCGGCGCUGAUCAUCAAGAAUUUUGGCUUCACCACCAAGGAGACCGAAUUGCUCACCAUCCCUGGCGGCGUGGUCAGCGUGAUCAGUAUCCUCUCGGGAACCUACCUGGCAGGGCGUUUCGAUCAGCGAUGUCUCUGCGUCCUAGGCAUUCUGGGCUGUGGCCUCCUGGGCGGCUGUCUGAUGGCGUUUGCCCCGACCGACAACAAAGGCGCGAUGCUGGCGGGCAACUACCUCACCAACUGCGUCGGAUCCGCCCUGCCCCUGAUGUAUUCGAUCGCGGGAGCCAAUGUGGCCGGGCAUACCAAGAAGGUGACGAUGAACGCAAUCGUGCUCAUGGCGUUCUGUCUCGGCAAUAUCCUGGGUCCGUUGUCCUUCCGCACGCAGGACGAGCCGGAGUAUAUGCCCGCCAAGGUUGCCAUUGUGGCCACCGUCUCGGUGGCUAUCUUGUUCACGGGGCUUCUGAAGUGCUAUUACAUCUACGAGAACCGCCGCCGGGACAAGAAUGGCCGCGGUGAGCAGCAUCAGGAGAAUACCGAGUUCCUCGACUUGACCGAUAGGGAGAAUCUGGAGUUCAGGUACAAGCAUUGA